CAUAGAGCACACUAUGGCCCUAUAUAACCAGUCAAAUCUCCAUUAUAUCAUUAAAAUAAAUAUACUCCACCAACACCUCUUCAGAUGCUCAGUUGACCGCCAUCUUGCCCUGAGAGAUGUUGUCCCGACUGGCCGCUCGAUCUGUCCAGGAGGUGCGGCCUCUGGUGCUGGUGAGGCCCACCAGCACCAGUGUUGUGCUUCGGGCGGAGGAGAGGGAUGAGGUCAACUUCCCACGCAGGGUGAGGCCCGUUGAGCCCGGCAAGGUGCGCCUCGGCUUCGUCCCCGAGGAGUGGUUCCAGUUCCUCUACCCCAAGACCGGUGUGACUGGCCCGUACAUGCUGGGCCUGGGGCUGACCACCUUCCUGUGCUCCAAGGAGAUCUACGUCAUGGAGCACGAGUACUACACAGGUCUCUCCAUCUUCAUCAUGGUCCUGUAUGCCGUCAAGAAGUUUGGGCCUGGGCUUGGCAAGUCUCUGGACAAGGAGAUUGAGGAAAUCGAGAACUCCUGGGGGCAGUAUCGUAACGGCAGCAUCGAGAACGUGAAGGAGGCCAUUGAGGGUGAGAAGCAGGCCCAGCACUCAGCCAAGGGGGAGGUCAUGCUGUUUGAUGCCAAGAGGGAGAAUGUUGGCCUGCAGCUCGAGGCCACCUACAGGGAGAGGCUGGCCCAAGUGCACUCUGAGGUCAAGAAGCGUCUGGACUACCAGCUGGAAGUGGCCAACGUCAAGACCCGGCUGGAGCAGAAGCACAUGGUGAACUGGAUCGUGAACAACGUCAAGGCCUCCAUCACCCCCGCCCAGGAAGCUGCCACCCUCAAGCAGUGCAUGGCUGACCUCAAGGCACUGGCAGCCAAGGCAUAGACACGCCUGCCCACUACCGUGAUGGGCUGUCUCUCCUGUAGCUGGUGUGUGGCGGGGGUGAAGUGCCCUGUCUUCUCGGGUGCCUCUGUCCACGCCAUACUCUCACUUGCGGGUCACUCGCUCCACCAUGUACAUUCAGCCUGAGAGUAACUUAAUCAAUGGCAACAUUGCUUUUGGUGUAUAGAUAUGAUUUUAUAAUGAAAUUGUGAAUGUAAAGAGUUCUCUUCUGUAUAUAACAAACAAAAAAAGAGGAAAUAUU